GGAGACCUGCGGGCAGUGCUGAUGGAGGCGCCGGGACGCUGCGUGCCCUACGCGGUUAUAGAAGGUGUGGUGAGGUCAGUUAAGGAGACCCUGAGCAGCCAGUUUGUGGAGAACUGCAAGGGAGUGGUUCAGAGGCUGACGCUGCAGGAGCACAAGAUGGUGUGGAACAGAACCACUCACCUCUGGAAUGACUACGAGAAGAUCAUCCACCAGCGAACCAACACCACCCCCUUUGACCUGGUCCCUUUGGAGGACAGCACUGGUGUGACUGUGCGGGUGAUGAAGCCUCUGGAGGCUGCUGAGCUCAGCCUGGAGACAGUGUAUGAGAAGUUCCAUCCUUCUGUCCAGUCCUUCACCGACGUCAUCGGCCACUACAUCAGUGGAGAGCGUCCCAAGGGCAUCCAGGAGACAGAGCAGAUGCUGAAGGUGGGCACAGCACUGACAGGGGUGGGAGAGCUGGUCCUGGACAACACCACCAUCAAGCUGCAGCCCCCAAAGCAGGGUAUGCCCUACUACCUGAGCUCCAUGGAUUUCGACUCCCUGCUGCAGAAACAAGAGUCCAACACCAGGUUUUGGAAAAUCCUGACCUUCAUGUUUGGUUUUGCCACCUGUGCUGUCCUUUUCUUCGUCCUGAGGAAGCAGUACCGGUACCACCGGGAGAGGCAGCACCUCAGGCAGAUGCAGGAGGAAUUCAGGCAGGCUCAGGAGCGCCUGAUGAACACAGAGGGGGGAGAGACCCUCAAAAACGCCUGUGUGAUCUGCCUGAGCAGCACCAAAUCCUGUGUCUUCCUGGAGUGUGGCCACGUCUGCUCCUGCCACGAGUGCUACCAGGCACUGCCCGAGCCCAAGAAGUGCCCAAUCUGCAGGCAGGGCAUCACCAGGGUGGUUCCCUUGUACAACAGUUAA